GGCAGGGAAUGGGAUUAUUAAGAUUUAGAAUAGAGAGAAUAUAUAAUAAAAAGGGAAAAUAUGGAUGAAUUGGGAAGAAGAAUAGGUUGGCUUUUGGUGUUAAUAAUUAUAUUAAUGGGGAUUUGUAUGCAAAAAGGAGAAGGGCAGUUGGUGGAAAAUUUUUAUAAAUCGAGUUGUCCAAAUGUUGAACAAAUAGUGAGAAAAGCCGUUCAAAAUAAGCUCUCUCAAACUAUCAUUACUAUUCCUGCUACUUUGCGUCUCUUCUUCCAUGACUGUUUCGUUGAGGGAUGCGACGCUUCGGUCAUGAUUUCAUCGCCGGGCGGAGACGCCGAGAAGGACGCUCAAGAUAACCUCUCCCUCGCCGGAGAUGGCUUCGACACCGUCGUCAAGGCAAAGCAGGCCGUCGAAGCCGCCUGUCCCGGCCGAGUCUCUUGUGCCGACAUUUUGGCUCUCGCCGCCAGAGACGCCGUCGUCCUCGCCGGAGGCCCAAAUUUCAACGUCGAAUUAGGACGCCGCGACGGUCUCAUCUCCAAAGCCUCACGUGUCGACGGCAAUUUACCAUCCCCAAAUUUCGACCUCAACGCUCUGACUUCCAUGUUCGCCAGACACGGCCUCUCCCAAACCGACAUGAUCGCCCUCUCCGGCGCCCACACCAUCGGCGCCUCUCACUGCAGUCGCUUCUCCGACCGACUCUUCUCUGCUUCCGGCGUAGAUCCGUCGCUAAAUCCUGCCUACGCAGAACAGUUAAAGCAAGCGUGCCCUCGGAAUGUGGAUCCAAGCGUGGUGGUACAACUAGAUCCGACCACUCCGAACACUUUCGACAACGUGUAUUACCGAAAUCUGGUGGACGGAAAAGGACUGUUGAGAUCGGAUGAGGUUCUGUUCACGAACUCGGCGUCGAAGGGAACGGUGGUGGGAUUUGCGAACAACGGAGGGGAGUUCAAUGCGGCGUUUGUGGCGGCGAUGAGGAAGCUUGGGAGAGUGGGGGUUAAGACGGGGAGGGCUGGAGAGGUAAGGAGAGAUUGUAGUGCCUUCAAUUGAUUGAAGGGUUGAUGAGAAGCUUUAACAAUGGCUUCCGUAUCAAUACCACGAAUAAAAGAUGCAAUUAGGAUGCACUCCUCUUUUGAAGUUCGAGAAUCCAUUUUUCUUGUACUAAAAAACAUGUAUGAAAAUAAUUGAAAUUUUUUAUUGGGUGGUAAUGUUGUUCAAACAAAUUUGAUGAUAAAAAAAAUUAUUCAUCCAAUC